GCAAUUUGUAUAUUACACAAAAAUCAUGAGGCAAAUAAUAUAAAACUAAACCUAAUAAUUUGAUAAAAUCAAGCUUGCUAACGAGCUUAAAUUAAGUCAAGGCCGAGCUUAGCUCGUUUAUAUAAAAAAAACUUUAAAACCCUAUUAGCUAUAUUAAUGAUAAAUCUUCAUCUCUUUUUUUUUUUUUUUUUUAUAUUCUUUGAUCCCAAAAGAUAAUUUACUUUCAUUUUAUAUAUAAAUUAAGAAAUGUAGGUUUUUGUAGAUUAAUAUUAUUAAUUUUUAUAAUUUUUCAAUUGUCUAAAACAGACAAUACUUUUUUUUCUUUUUGGCCUGUUCUACAUUAUAAGUCCUUUUUUUUUUUCUAAUUGUUAGCCCACCAUAUUAUACAAUCCAUGAUAAGUCAUUUUUGUUAUUUGUAUCAAUUGCAGUGGGUUCUACAUGAUUGGAACGAUGAUGAAUGCAUCCAAAUCCUGAAGAAAUGCAAGGAAGCUGUUCCAGAAGAUAAUGGGAAGGUGAUAAUCGUUGAAGCUGUGAUUGGUGAAGCGAAGGACGACAAGUUUGAGUAUGUUAGGCUGAUGCUAGAUAUAGUGAUAAUGGCUCACACUAAUACAGGUAAAGAGACGACCUCAAAGGAAUGGGAAUCUGUUAUUCAGAAGGCUGGCUUUCGCUCUCACACUAUCAAACCCAUUGGUGCUGUGCAAUCUAUUAUUGAAGCCGUCCCUUGAUGUUUAAAGCAAUUGUGGGCUUGCUUAAAAAUUUCCUUUUAUUAUUGAAACCAAUAAUGGCAUGUGCCAAUUAAUUAUUAAAUCUUUCUUUUUCUUUUUUCUUUCUUAUGUUUGUUUGCCUGUUGUGAUUUGGAUGUAUUGCACCCAAGAUAUAUGCGGUGGGAUUUGCUGCUAA